AUGAAUUUCUUAGCUAAAGAAUUAACUGACAUAAAACAUAAAGACAAUAUACCUGUCAAAUUACCUCCGAUAAAGUCUUUCCUUGGAGCCCUCGAUCGUCAUAAAACCAAAACCCUUCUUCCUGGGCCAAAAUUGAAUUUAACUUCCUCACCCAAAGACUACAAUUCCAUAAAGACAAAACGAAUCAGAAUUUUACAAAGACAAAUAAAAAAAAAGGUCAAUGAUUUGAGAGGUAGUUUUAAAGAUUUGGAAGCUACCCAAGCCACUAUCUUGGAGCUUGAAACAUUAUUAAAAAUGUUGAAUGCUAAGAUGAAAAUAUUGAGGACUCAGUCCAUUGAAAUAGCAAGCGUAAAGUACCCUUUCUUACUGAAGUCAUUUAUUUAUCAUAAUGAUUAUAUUUUUGUACCCCUGAUCCUAAUUGGUAUUCAACAGAUCAUUUCUGAAACUGAGAAUCGUGUUUUGGCUAUUAGAAGUUCAUCAUAUAGAAUUUCAAUGAAUGUAAUCAAUAAUGAGGAACCCCUUGUUUGA